UAUUUAGUUUCUCCCACUUCCACUCUUACAAACUCCAAACACCAACCCUCACUUGUCGUUUUAUUGUUAUUGUUGUCUUUGAACAUUUACACGGUUUGAAUCACUCGAUGAAAGUUGCGGAUACGGCGGUGAACCGGUCCGAACCGGUGAAGAUGGAAGGGUUCAGAGCGGAGAUUGAUACUUCGGCGCCGUUUGAAUCGGUUAAAGAAGCCGUAACCCGAUUCGGUGGUAUUGGUUAUUGGAAACCCAUUCUUCACAAUCUUACUAAUAAGCACUUCGCUCCUCAGCAGCAUCUCGCAGAAGUGGUCGAUGCUGGAAAACUAGAGGAGCAAGCAGCUGGAUUGGAGAAAGAGCUGAUCCUUAAAGAAAGGGAAACUCUUGAUGUCUUGAAAGAAUUGGAAAGUACCAAAAGGCUUGUGGAAAAUUUGAAAUCAAAGCUACAAAAAGAAGAAUCUGAUGCAAAUUUAAAUUUUCAGACGAGUGGGUGUGACAAUAUAUUGUCUAAUAAGGAGAAUGAGAAAGAAGAUAAGGAAAACCAAGGGAGUAGUGUCCUUCAGCAUUCAAAGGAGGGUUGUGUUUCCUAUCCUUCAUCGUCCCCGGGUUUAAUAUUAAUGGAAUUGAAGCAGGCAAAAUUGAAUCUGAACAGAACUACAAGUGAUAUUGCUGACGUUCGAGCUUCUGUUGAAUUGCUCAAUAAGAAGUUGGAGAAGGAAAGGAUCUCGCUUGAGAAAACCCGUGAGAGGUUAACUCAGAAUUCUUCAAAAAUAUGUUCUCUUGAGGAGGAGCUAAACCAAACAAAACUAAAACUGCAAGUGGCAAAAGAUGCUGGAAGUAAUGGUGGUUCAGAUGAUACUUCCGAUAUUACAAGAGAGCUCCAGCGUCUGAGUUCCGAGACAGAGCAUUUCAGAAAAAUGGGAGAGGCUGCUAAAUCAGAAGUCUUAAAAGCAAUGUCUGAGAUUGAACAGACAAAGGCUAUGAUAAACACUGCUGAAAUCAGGUUGGUCGCUGCCCGAAAAAUGAAGGAAGCUGCAAGAGCAGCAGAAGCUGCUGCCCUUGCAGAGAUUAAAGCAUUGUCUCAUCCCGAGACUUCACCUGGAGAUUGUAUGCAAAAUCACGAUGAAGUUACCCUUUCCUUCGAAGAGUAUACUGCGCUAACCUGCAAAGCUCGAGAGGCAGAAGAACAAUCUAAGAAGAGAGUUGUUGAUGCUAUGCUUCUAGUGGAUGAAGCAAACAUAUCAAAAAUGGACAUUUUGAAAAGGGUAGAGGAAGCUACAGAAGAAGUUAAAACCAGCAAGAAGGCCCUUGAAGAAGCUCUAGAAAGGGUAGAGGCUGCAAAUAGAGGAAAGCUAGCAGUUGAAGAGGCUUUAAGGAAGUGGCGGUCUGAGGGUCAAAAACGACGUUCCUCUAUACAUAACCAUACCAAGUUUAAAAAUGCUUACCCUUCUCACCAUCGUAGAGAUUCUCGGUUACUUGAUGUAAAUGGGUUGGAUCUUGUAAAUAAUGAAGUCAAGCCGGAUCUGAAGCCAACCCUAUCAAUAGGUCAAAUAUUAAGCAGGAAGUUGAUGAUCCCAGAAGAGUAUGAAGUUGAGAUGCUUAGAGAAAGAAGCUCCAUGAAACGGAAGGUGUCACUGGGUCAGAUGCUUGGCAAACAAAACAAUGAUCCAUCCUUUGACAGGCAAGCUGAGAAAGAAAAUGGUCAGAAGCCGUUUUCUGCAAAGAGAAAGAAAUUCGGAUUUGCCCGAUUCUCCCUUCUUUUGACAAAACAGCAAAAGAAGAAGAAGCCAACACUGAACUUAAGGUGAUGGAUCAUUUUGUGCUGACAAGAAUGAGACAAUAAUCGCAUCUUCUGUCUGUUCCUGCCCCUUCCUCUUAUUGUGGCUGCAUGAAUGACUAGAUUCUUGUUUGUUGUUUACCUUUGUUUCAGUUGCAGUUCGUACUUGUAUACUAACUAACGUUUGUCGCUAUUGCUGUGCUUCUCGACUCUUGUAGAGAUUAUUUAUGUUAAUUUAACUCUUGUA